AUGAGCUCGUCGAACACCUCCACAACUCAACAUGUCCGCGCUGUUGGAGGAGCAACCUGGAUAUUUCAAACAACCUCUUCUACAAGUCCCCAUUCGCUUCAAAUAGCAUGCGAUCCAGUACUAUGCCCCAAAAAUCACUCUCAAGACUAUGGUUUGUUUAAAUCCACACGUUUACAAGACCCUGUUCUCAGUGGCGACCAGGAUUUAGAACAAGUAGAUGUAUGGCUUCUCACUCAUGGUCAUGAAGAUCAUUUGGAUCAAUUGGGACUGGAAAAAAUUGUGAGAGGAAAAAACAAUUCUAUUAUUGUCGCGCAUCCAAGUGUCGAAAAAUUAUUGAAAAAUGUGUUAAAUCAAACAAAUAUGGAAACAGUUUUUGGAAAUGAUCGAAAGGUGUAUUGGAUGGAACCACAACAAGAUUUGAUCAUUGAGGAUUUGGAACAUUUUAGUGUCAAGAUUCAUUCAGUGAAUGCUAUUCAUGCAAAAUCCAAAAAGGUUGGUGCUGCUAUUGGGAAUGGAAAUGGAUACAUUGUACAAGUCAAAGAGAAGAACAGUGAUGCUCGUUUAAGUAAAUUUUAUGUGACUGGAGAUUCCGUCUUUACAGAAUGCAAUAUACAAGAAGAUUUACAAGCACUGACAAGUGACACUUUUGAUUUUAUCAUCACCAACGGAGGUGAAGCAUCCGUAGAGAAAACCAAACUUAUUGGUGGCUUGGCAAAAUUCCUUGUAGGUAACAUCACCAACAGUUCUCACGAAAUUAUUGAACUACAUCGCAAAUUAAUGCCAAAGAAAACUCUCAUUGUUCAUCAUGGAACCUUUUCACAUUAUGUAGAGACUUAUACAGCUGAUUCAUUCAAGGAACAUUCAGGAAUCCAUGUAGUAUUUCCAGGAGAAACUAAAUGUCAACUAGUUGUAUGA